GCGAUCCACUGCCAUUUCCUUUACGACGCGGCGCGGACGCACGGCACGAGAACGUGCAGAGAGGUUUCCAAGAUGGCGAAAAAAACCCAGGCCGAAAAAGCGGCGCAGAACGAGGACGCCGCAAAAGGUAACGAAGAUCCAAUGAAUGACGAUGAGGAACCUAACUUCAGUGAUCCUGAGGGCUUCGUCGAUGAUAUCACCGAUGAAGAACUUCUUGGUGAUAUCCUGAAGCAGAAACCCUCUGAGACAGAUGGGGUAGAAUCUGUGAUUGUUGUGGAUGGUGUACCUCAAGUAGAUCCUGACAAGUUAGAGAAGUUACAAUCUGUUAUCAACAAGGUAUUGGGGAAAUUUGGCACAAUAGUUAAUCAAUAUUAUCCAAAAAAUGAAAAUGACGUUACUAAAGGGUAUAUUUUCUUGGAGUAUAACAAUCCCUUGAAUGCACUCGCAGCGGCUAAGUCCACUAACAAUUACAAGAUUGACAAGUAUCAUACCUUCAAGGUCAAUUUAUUUACCGACUUUAAGAAAUUUGAGGAUAUCCCCGAGAAUUGGGAGCCACCAAAACCACAGCCCUUCAAGGCUGCCAGUGACUUGCAUUAUCAUCUGCUAGAACCGGAUGCUUACGAUCAAUUCUGUGUUCUCUGCGGUAAUGGAGCGGGUGUAUCUGUACAGAUCUGGCAGAACUCUGCGCCUGAGCCCACUUUACUAGAAGAACGUAAUCGUUGGACUGAGACGUAUGUGAAAUGGUCGCCGCUUGGUACUUACCUUUCUACAUUCCACAAAUUAGGAGUUGCUCUUUGGGGUGGACCGCAGUUUACUCAGCAAGCUAGAUUCAGCCAACGAGGCGUUGAGUGCAUAGACUUUUCACCUUGCGAACGUUAUCUCGUCACUUACACUCCGCGCACUGAUUUGAGUUCUGAUCAGAAGCGCUUGGUGAUCUGGGACAUCCUCUCAGGCCAGGAAAAACGAUCCUUUUUCCCUGACGGAUCUUCCGUUUGGCCAAUCUUCCGUUGGUCGCACGACGACAAAUAUCUGGCACGCAUGGGAGAAGAUAUUCUUAGCGUUUACGAGACCCCGUCAUUCGGUCUGUUGGAUAAGAAGAGCAUUAAGAUCCCGGGUAUCAGAGACUUCAGUUGGUCUCCGACUGAUAAUGUCCUCGCUUAUUGGGUACCGGAGGACAAAGAUGUUCCGGCAAGAGUAACUCUGCUCGAAAUUCCCAAUCGUAAUGAGAUACGAAAUAAAAAUCUUUUCAACGUGGCCGAUUGCAAGAUUUUCUGGCAAAAAUCUGGUGAUUACUUGUGUGUCAAAGUCGACCGUUUUGCUAAGCGUAAGGAGAAGACCGAGCAAAAAUACACGGGUAUGUCGUACAACUUCGAGAUCUUUCAUAUGAGGGAAAAACAGAUCCCUGUGGAUAGUGUAGAGAUAAAGGAACCGAUUCAUGCUUUUGCGUGGGAACCGGUCGGCAGCAAGUUCGCUAUCAUUCACGGUGAGAUACCCAGCGUGAAUGUUAGCUUCUAUGAAGUGCGAUAUGGUCACCAACCCGCUCUUCUCAAAAGAUUAGAGAAGAAAGCUUGUAACCACCUGUUCUGGUCGCCAUCAGGCCAGUUCAUCGUUCUUGCUGGUCUGACGACGAUGGCUGGUGCUUUGGAAUUUAUUGAUACUAAUGACUUCACUAUAAUGAAUUCAACUGAUCACUAUCAAACCUCCGAUGUGGAGUGGGAUCCUACCGGCAGAUACGUCGUCACAGCGGUAUCCAGUUGGAAGACAAGUGUCGAUAACGGUUAUUGGAUCUGGACUUUCCAGGGUCGUAUAUUGAAGAGGGUCAAUCUGACCGCAUUCAAUCAACUAUUAUGGCGACCGAGACCGCCGACCCUGUUAACUGCGGAGCAAAUCAAGGAGAUUAAGAAGAACUUGAAAAAAUAUUCGGCACAAUUUGAAAGCAAAGACCGCAUGCGAUUAACGCGUGCUUCAAAGGAGCUGAUCGAGAAACGUUGCACACUGAUGAAGGCAUUUGAAGAAUAUCGUACAAAACGUAUUGAAGAAUGGAACAAUCAAAAGAAGCGUCGUCUUGAAUUACGUUGCAAUAUCGACACCGAUGAACUAGAUUCCGAUUCGAAGAACGUGGAAGAGGAGGUUGUGGAGUUUUUCGUCAAAGAGGAAACAUUUGUACUUGACGAGAAAUAAAUCUGUGCGGACAAUUGUUAA